AUGAUCAAAUUCCGUGUGCAGCCCGUGGCAGCCCUUCUCCUCAUCGUCAUCACAGCCCUCCUCAUGGCCAUCACGCUCGUGCCCAACAGCCUCCCGCGUGCAGAUAACGUUCCUCUUGCUGUUCUUACGCAUACCGUACUGUUCAAGUUCACCGCGAAAGCCAGCGCUGAGGAUGUAAAGGCGGCCUGCGCCCGUUUCCUGAAACUAAAAGACGAUUGCAUUCUCCCAGGCAAGAAGACGCCGUACAUCGUGUCCAUGCGCGGCGGCCAAGACAAUUCCCCCGAGGGUCUGCAGGACGGCUUCACACAUGGAUUCGUCGUGCAAUUUCACUCGGCCAAGGAUCGCGAUUACUAUGUGAACUCGGACCCUGCCCACCAGGCCUUCAAGGAGAGCAUCGCCAGCUUAGUGGACAAGGCCCUCGUGGUCGACUUUGACAAUGGCGUGUACUGA